AUGAAUAAGUUGCAGGCGCUCGGCGAUCUUGGAUGCAGCGUAGCAGCAUCGUAUUUGACACUGAUCUCACCCAGACGCUCCUGGGCGGUCUCGUCCACAACAUCGUCAUUACUAAUCGCAUCAUUGAGCAGCUCUCCCAGAGUGAUGCACCGCACAAGCUCCUCUUCGGGAUCUUCCUCGUCCUCUUCACCAGUGAUUGGCAAUCUAAUAGGAAUCUCCAAAGGCAUAGCUAGAGGGAACGACGGAUAUUCAGAGCCUCUUGUCACAAUCGAGUUGAAGUUGUUCUUCAACAAUCCUAACGGCCAACACUUGAUAUUGUCACCCGUGGAUAAUUUCUUGACACCUUCGGUAGUGUCCAAGAUUGGAAUCCAGGACGCUUGCAACGGGUCUCUCCAUCUUGUGAGCACCAGCAAGAAGUCGUCGUGGCCAACCACGCAUGGAUCUCCAUCAAGCGAGAAAAAUGCUCCUUUCAGAGGAUAUGCAGAAUAUGCGCUACCAGAUAGAUGUAUUGGCAGAUGCUCGUUUCUCUGGAAAUACUUGCCAUCCAGAUCUUGCACGUUGAAGUUCAAUGAACCAGAAUUGUACGUCACAGUGAACAGGUACUUGUCACUGUUCACACAGGCAACCACAGGAGCGGUCUUUUCGAUUCUUUCAAUGCGGCCAAAAAGACUGUACUUGCGAACGAAUCCCAGAGAGCCAGAACCAUCGUCGUCCACUAUAAAGUCGUCCUCGGGAACUUCAUCGAACAGACCGGUCACCUCGCUUUCUGGUUCGGAGUCGAGGUCGUCAAUUGGCCGUUCAGACUCCUUGAACGACUCUUUAUCUGAAACGACAGAGUCGAACUGGGCUAUAUGUCCGGAAUUGGUACCGACAACGAUAUCAAACGACCCGUCUGCGCGUCCCCAAGAGAGAGAACAGGCCUCUUCUGGUAAGUUGAGCACUUUAACUGACUUGUGCGAUUUGGUUUCCCAAAUGAUCAGUUUCUGGUCGCGUCCAACAGAAGCUAAAUAUUGUCCGUUCGGUGACCACUUCAAGUCGACCAGGCCUUUUUCAUGGGACUGA